CGUCGUAAACUUGUGAAGUCAUGAGUGGCCUUGAUUCCUUAGCCAUCAAUCUGAGAGCACAAGUCAAAUGCAUAGAUCUCUAUAUCAAUCUCACGCUCCUCUCAGCUUUCCCUUCUUCCGUUGCUAUAGAACGCACUUCUUCUCAUUCACAAGCAACUAUGCUUUCUUUCGUUCUCUAACUUCUCUUUUCUCUACUUUUUUGCUGAUCUCUGUUCUGCACUCUCUGACGAUCCCUUCUCUUCUUCCAAAACCGUUUCAUCCAUAAAGGAAAUUGUUUACGUUCACGCCAAGACUGGUAACUAAAGAUCAUAAAAGGAAUACUCAAAAACAUUCUCUAUUGUAAACAAGCAGAAAUGUUACCUCAAAUAUUAGCCAUCCCUACAAUACUAGUAGUGAUAUUCAUAUUCAUUCUAUCUGCUGCUGUGUUACUAUCAAAGCAACGCCAAGGUAAUGGAAAACAUCCACCUGGUCCCAAGACCCUACCAAUUAUUGGUAACCUCCACAUGCUAGGGAAACUACCACAUCGCACCCUUCAAUCCCUUGCCACAAAAUAUGGACCUAUAAUGUCCUUAAAGCUAGGACAGGUUCCAGCCAUAGUGAUUACUUCCCCUGAAACUGCUGAACUAUUCCUCAAAACCCAUGACAUUGCUUUUGCUAGCAGGCCUAAAUCCAUCUCAUCCAAAUACAUUUCUUAUGGUGGCAAGGGCUUGGUGUUUUCUGAGUAUGGUACCUACUGGCGCAACAUGAGGAAACUCUGCACCUUACAACUCCUUGUUGCAUCAAAAGUUGAAAUAUUUUCUCCCUUGAGGAGUGAGCACUUGGGAGAGUUUGUUAAGUCUCUCCAAAAAAGAGCUUCAUCAAGUGAGGUUGUGGACCUUAGUGACAUGGUGGCGGAUCUCAUUGAGAAUAUCACCUUUAAAAUGAUAUUGGGCCAUAGUAAGGAUGAUAGAUUCGAUGUAAAGAAUCUUGUUCGUGAAGUAUUGAUCUUGAUAGGAACUUUCAAUGUUUCAGAUUAUGUGCCCUGGGUUGGUGUGUUUGAUCUUCAGGGAUUAGUAAGACGAAUGAAAAAAGUAAGUAAAGAAUUUGACGAAAUGAUGGAGCUGAUUAUCAAAGAGCAUGAACAAUCUUCUGAUAACGACCAGAAUGGCCAACGCCAGAAGGACUUUUUGGACAUAUUCCUAGCACUCAUGCAUCAACCCAUUGAUCCUCAAGACCAACAGGGUCCUGUCAUUGAUAAAACAAAUAUCAAGGCUAUUUUGAUGACUAUGAUCAUCGCGGCAACUGACACAUCUGCUACAACAGUUGAAUGGGCCAUGUCAGAACUCCUAAAGUAUCCAAGGGUGAUGAAGAAACUCCAAGAGGAGUUGGAAAGUGCAGUGGGGAUGAAUAGAAAGGUGGAGGAGAGUGACAUGGAAAACUUGCCUUACUUGGAUUUAGUGGUGAAGGAGACACUAAGAUUGCACCCGGUUACACCUUUGUUAUUGCCUCGUGAGUGUCGAGAAGAUGUUACUGUUGAUGGUUAUUGCAUAAAGAAAAAGUCAAGGAUCAUUGUAAAUGCAUGGGCAAUAGGAAGAGAUCCUAAAGUUUGGUCAGAUAAUGUUGAAGUGUUUUAUCCAGAGAGAUUUGUAAAUAACAACAUAGAUAUUAGAGGACAUGACUUUCAACUUAUACCGUUUGGCUCUGGUCGCAGAGGGUGCCCAGGGAUUCAUUUGGGUCUUACUACUGUUAAGAUUGUUCUGGCUCAAUUGGUUCACUGCUUCCAUUGGGAGCUUCCAUUUGGCAUGUCCCCUGAUGACUUGGACAUGAGUGAGAAGUUUGGUCUCACAAUGCCAAGAAGUAAGCACUUGCUAGGUGUGCCAUCUUAUCGGUUAGCUGAGCCACCGCGUCCACCGGGGCCACCACGGCUACCGAUAAUCGGGAACCUCCACAACAUGGUAGGAGGAAGCGGAACACUCCCACAUCGUUCCCUGCAAUCCCUGGCCAAACGUUACGGUCCCAUAAUGUCCCUCCAACUAGGAAAUGUUCCAACGGUCGUGGUCUCGUCCCCGGAGGCCGCGGAACUGUUCCUGAAGGCCCACGACGUAGUGUUCGCGAACAGGCCCAAGUUGGAGGCGGCCCAAUACACGUACGGCCCGGAGAGCGUGGCGUUCGCGGAGUACGGCGCGUACUGGCGAAGCGUGAGGAGAGUGUGCACCACGCACCUGCUGAGCGCGUCGAAGGUGGAGUCGUUCGCAGGUUUGAGGAGGCGGGAAGUGGAGGCGAUGGUGCGGCGCGUGAGGGAGGCGCGUGAGGUUGUGGACGUGAGCGAGAAGGUGGGGGAAGUGUUGGAGGAUAUGGCAUGCAUGAUGGUGUUGGGACGGAACAAAGAUGAUAGGUUUGAUUUGAAGGGUAUUCUUGUUGAGACCAUGACUGUUUCCGGUGCUUUCAAUUUCGCAGAUUAUUUGCCUUGGCUUCGACCCUUUGAUCUUCAGGGAUUAACACGACGCUCGAAGAAAAUAAGUGAAGCACUAGAUAAGAUGUUAGAUACAAUGAUAGAGGAGCAUCAACUAUCUCCUACGACACAAGGGCACCACAAGGAUUUCAUUCACACGUUACUUUCCUUAAAGGACCAACCAAUUCAUCCCCACGAUGAACAUGCACAUAUAAUUAACAAAAGGAGCAUCAAGGGUAUUGUGUUUGACAUGAUAAUAGGUGCAUCAGAAACAUCAAGCAAUGUGAUUGAAUGGGCCAUUUCAGAACUUGUGAGGCAUCCAAGAGUGAUGGAAAAUCUUCAAAAUGAGCUAAAAAAUGUGGUUGGAAUAAACACCAUGGUGGAUGAAACCGAUUUAACAAAAUUAAGUUAUUUGGAUAUGGUUGUGAAGGAGACCCUAAGAUUACACCCCGUUGUGCCUCUUCUAGCCCCUCAUGAAUCCAUGGAAGAUAUAGUGAUUGAAGGUUACCACAUUAAGAAGAAGUCACGAAUUAUAAUAAAUGCAUGGGCUAUAGGGAGAGACCCUAAAGCAUGGUCUGAAAAUGCAGAAAUGUUUUACCCAGAAAGAUUUUUAAACUCUAAUAUAGAUUUUAAGGGACAAGACUUUCAACUUAUACCAUUUGGGUCUGGUCGUAGAAGUUGUCCAGGAAUUGUAAUGGGCUUGACCAUAGUUAAGUUGAUUUUGGCUCAAUUGGUACACUGCUUCAAUUGGGAACUACCUUAUGGCAUGAGUCAUGAUGAAUUGGAUAUGAAUGAAAAAUUUGGGCUAUCAAUGCCAAGAGCAAACCAUUUGCUUCUGAUACCAACUUAUCGUCAACUAAAUGAAACGUUGGUUAAUUGAUUUAGACAUGACACAAUGGUGGUUGAUCUUGUAUUAUAAUUAAAACUAGGAGAGAAUAGAGUAUUGUAUAAUUAUUUUAGCUUGUCGCCCUUGAGUACUCUUUAUUGUUUGUAGUUUGAAAUUUCGUCUUUUUCCAUGUAAGUUUAUUGAUAGUUCUUUUCCAAUUAAUUAAGAA